AUGAUUUUGUUAUGUAACAUGCGAACCGGGUUUGUAAUCUCUGUCACUUUCAGCAUCCCCUGGACUUUAGCGCUUAAUAUUUACACUAACAGUUGGGCUGUACAGGUCCCAGGCGGUCCAGAUGAAGCGGAGAGGAUUGCGAGGAAACUGGGCUUCAUUAGUAUGGGACAGAUCAUACCUGGCAGCGAUUUCUACCACAUGCAACACCGUGGGUUACAGAAAAGAUCCCUCAGGCCUCAUUGGGGCAGACAUGUCCGGCUGAAAAAAGAGAUUAAGGUACACUGGUUUGAGCAGCAAACUCUGAAGAAUAGACAUAGAAGACACAUCAGUGUAAUUCCCACAGACCCCUGGUUCCAUAAGCAGUGGUACAUGAAUAAUGACGUGAACCCAGAUCUUGGUGUGCUGACAGCGUGGAGCCUCGGAUACACAGGGAAGGGUGUGGUGGUGACUAUUCUAGACGAUGGAAUUGAAAAGGACCAUCCAGAUCUGGCUGCUAAUUAUGAUCCAUUAGCAAGUUAUGAUUUUAACAGUGAUGACCCUGAUCCACAGCCCCAUUAUAACCUGGCUGAUGAGAACCGCCAUGGAACACGAUGUGCUGGGGAAGUGUCUGCUGUUGCCAGUAAUAGUGUCUGUGGAGCAGGAAUUGCUUACAAUUCAAAGAUUGGAGGGGUAAGGAUGCUAGAUGGUGUGAUAACAGAUAUUAUUGAAGCUCGGUCCUUAAGCCUGAAUCCCCAGCACAUAGACAUCUACAGUGCUAGCUGGGGCCCAGAGGAUAAUGGAAGAAUAGUGGAUGGGCCUGGCAUCCUUGCCAUGGAAGCUUUUUAUAGGGGGAUUGUAAACGGUCGAGGUGGUCUUGGCUCUAUUUUUGUUUGGGCCUCUGGAAAUGGGGGAGUGCAUUAUGAUGACUGCAACUGUGACGGUUACACCAACAGUAUCUAUACAUUAUCUGUAAGCAGCACAACUGAGAAUGGGAACAUCCCGUGGUACAGUGAAGCGUGUGCAUCCAUACUUACAACCACCUUCAGUAGUGGCCUCAAGAAGGAGAGACAGAUUGUCACCACAGAUAUACGUUACCGCUGCACAGACGAGCAUACAGGAACUUCUGCAUCUGCCCCCCUUGCUGCUGGAAUUAUUGCUCUUGCCCUGGAAGCUAAUCCAGCAUUAACAUGGAGAGAUCUACAGCAUAUUGUGGUGCGGUCAUCUAGUUCUGCAAACCUCAAUGCAAAUGACUGGGUGGUUAAUGGUGUGGGCCGUAAAGUGAGUCACCACUAUGGAUAUGGGCUUCUAGACGCUGGGCGACUUGUUGAUUUGGCCCAGAAGUGGGAAACAACACGUCCACAGAGAAGGUGCCUGAUAAAGGUUGUAAACGAACCCCAGAAAUUGUUCUCCCGCCUCCUAGUACGUCAAAAUGUUACUGCUUGUGCAUCCUCCUCCCAGCAUAUCCUCUCUCUAGAGCACAUUGAGGUCCAACUGUCUAUCGAUUACAGUCGUAGAGGUGACUUGGAGAUUGCACUCACCAGUCCAAUGGGAACUCGCUCUGUGCUUGUGGCAUUGAGACCAUAUGAUACAAGCAGGAUGGGUUACAAAAACUGGACCUUUAUGAGCACACACAGCUGGGAUGAGAAUCCACAAGGCACCUGGACCCUUGAACUGACAAACAAAGGAAACUUUAAAAACAAUGGUUUCUUGCUCAGUUUUAUACUUAUGCUGUAUGGAACAGAGGAAAACAUGAUGGCCAGGAAAGUCCAAAACUCAGUGAUUAGUCAGUGUAUGAGCCGAGACAUCAAUGGGAUGUGCCAAGAGUGCGAGACUCCAUUUCAUGCCGUUGGACACCUCUGCCUUUCCUACUGCCCUCCCAAAUACUUCAAGGCCAAGCGGAAGGUUGCAGCAGUAGAAGGAGAGACCAACAGUACUCAUUUUGUUCAUGUCUGUGCCUUGUGCCAUCCAUCCUGUUACACAUGCUGGGGGCCCUCUGCUAAUAACUGUACCACCUGUCCCCCAUUUUCUACUUAUGAUGAGAAGGAACGAUCCUGUUUAGAGCCUCAAUACCCAGGAACAGAACUCACUAAUGCUUCCCCCAGCCUUGUUUACAGAGUUGCUGCUGUGGCAGCUGCAGUAAUAGGUGCUCCUUUUGCCAUCUUUUGUAUUGUCUGUGCCCUCUCCUGGUUACUAAAUAGAAGGAACAUGUACAGCAGCCUGUGCCCUCUGCAGGUUCAGUCUUCCAAUGCUGAGAUGCAUAACAUGCCCCAGGGGAGUGCAGAUGAGGGUGCUAAUCUAAAACCUAAAACCUACGCAACUGAACGAGUUAAGGUUUUAACGGUCAUUUCUUUUCUGCGAGGUGAACCCCGCAAUUGGGCUGACUCAUUCUUUGAACAAGAUCAUCCUAUUUUAACAUCACUGGAAGACUUCUUCAAGGAAAUGGCAAUUCUUUAUCAAGAUAUUAACACUCAGCUUACUGCAGAGACUAAAAUGAGGUCUCUUAAACAAGGGAAAAAGCAGGUGGAGGAAUAUUUAACUGAGUUCAAGCAAUACAGUAAAGAUACUGAGUGGAGCGAUAUUGCCCUUAGGAAUCAGUACCGUCUAGGUCUAAAUGAUGCCCUUAAAGAUGAACUCGCUCGCAUUGAGCUUCCUAGGUCCUUGGAAGGACUAAUCACACUAAGCAUUCAGAUUGAUAGAAGGUUGAGAGAACGCAAAUCAGAAAAACAAGUCCUUAAACUCCUACAACAGAAAGAUACUUCCAUCCCUAAGCUUAAACUCACACUGGGACAAGAUGGUCUCUAUUACCACCAAGGACGUCUUUAUGUACCACCUUCCCUUCGAGACAAUUUGUUAAAAGAACAUCAUGACUCACCGAUGGCAGGACAUCUUGGAAUCCACAAAACCUAUGAUCUUCUUUCACAUUCAAACUGUCCUAAGGUUGAUGACCUCACUAAGGAUCUCCAGGAUCUUUUCAUAGAACUCAAGAGGCAUAUAGCUGAUGCUCAGGCUCAUCAGAGACGUUACUACAACCUCCGAAGACGUCAACCACCUUCCUAUAAAAUAGGUGAUCUGGUCUGGCUGUCGACCAAGAAUAUAAAACUGAAAAUCCCCAGCAAGAAACUUAGUGCUGUCUUCAUUGGUCCUUAUCCUAUCACAAAGGUUGUGAACCAAAAUGCUGUUACCUUGGAUCUGCCUUCUACCUUUCGACUUCAUCCCACCUUCCACGUCUCUUUGUUAAAACCUCAUUGCGAAACUAGACAGGUGGCCAGCCAGAUUCCUCCUCUCAUCUUACAGGAUUCGGACACGGAAUACGAAGUCGAUGCCAUCCUGGACUCCCAUAAGAAAUAA